GCGAUCACCAUCCAAGCUCUCAUUGCCAUUGCUUCCCGCACCCGAUCCCCCGGAAGAGCAGCUCGCUUACGACGGAGACCGUGACGGGAACAAGUCAGCCCGCUGGCUCGGCGCGUCGAGAGCGCACGCGCGCUUGCAGAGAGCGACAGUCCGCCUCCGCCAGAGGGAGGAGAACAAGAGCGCGACAAACAAGCACACAAACACGGCUUGACUUUGCGCGAACAAACACACCGUGUACUUCUUUGACUCGUCCCCGCUGGGACGCUUUCACACUCGGGAGCAGCUUCUGAACAAGCCGAAGCUGGCUUUGCCUUAACGAUCAGCGCUGCUGCCCACGUUCAGGACGCCGAGCAACAGACACCAUGUCCAACGUGAACAAUUCAAACUCGGGAGGCGGCCUCGGCGGAGGCAUGUCGUUCCGACCACCACCGCGACCAUCAGUGCGCUCCCUGGGGCGCAAAUCUGGAGCGAACAUCGCAUCCUCAGCAACAUCUGAAGCGCCAGGCCUGCCAGCAUCUAUAGCCACGUCCACUGUUGGAGGAGGCGACGGCGGCGGCGACGACAUCAUCGGCGGCGGCGACGCGGCGUUCGAGUCGCGCACGCCUGGCGCAGACCUGACCAACCACUCUUCGGUAAAGCACAGGCACACACCGUCGUAUUCUUCUACAGCCAGCUCGGCACAUGCGCAGUUUGUCGAGGGAAAGCCGUCCAGCAGCCACGGGCACGGACGCGGCUACAGCAUAGGCGGAGUGAGCGGCGUGCGCAGGCCAUCCUCUGCUGCGCAGGCAGUCGUGCCCAUGCGCUCCAGCUCGGUCACACAGGGCCAACAGCAGAGAGACAGCAUGGACCUCGAUGGGAGCAAGCGCGCCAUUUCACCCGCCCCUUCGAUUGCCAGCUCGGCCGCGUCGUCGGUCUACGAAGACUCGGCGCAUGGCCACUCGCGCCCUGGCGGUGCAGCGCCUUCCUCUUCACCUAGCCGGCCCAGCUCUUCGACAGGCGUGGAAUCUGCCGCCGCCGCUGCUACUAAUACCGCAAAUGUCAGCGGUGAUGCGCAGCAGACUGUCGCCAUUGCCGCCGAGUGCCGUGCGCUUCUCGAAUCGCUGCGCACCAAGACGGAGGACCAAGCGCACAGCGCUGGUAUGCUCGGGCAGGGCAUUUUGCACCAGCAGACUGUCGUGCAAAACUUGCUCGACGAUCUGGCAGAUGAGGUCAAUGCGUUCGAGGCGGUGCGCGAGCGCGACAGUCGCGCCCCUGGUCACUCGAACAGCGUACGCCAAGCGCAGGCGGAGAACGAGCGGAUCCGCAGACUGAAAGAGCGCAUUGAGGAUGAGGUCUCCGAGCUGAACCGUAAGCGUGAGGAGCUGUAUCGUGAAGUCUGGCGCGUAGCCGGUACCAACGGCAGCAGCAUCUCUGGGUACCCAGCAAGCCAAGACGCUUCCUUUGCCUCCUCCUACCCGAGCAACAGCAACAUCUUCAGCGCCCUGCCAGGCGUUGCCACCUUUUCUUUCCUCGGCCACGAUCCCACGGUCGGCAUGUCGCUGUCGAAGCGUGACAGCCUGCCCGCCGGCACUGGAAGCGGCGGCGCGGGCUCCGCGGCACGGCAGGCCGAUCGGCGUUCGCGCAAUGCCGCCGCCGCGGGCGGCGACACAAAGAUUGACGAUGCCUUCGUCCGGCAGAUUCAGGAGAGCCUUCUGACGGAGGUCCGGCGGCUGCAGGCGGAGAAUAAGGAGCUCCAGGAGCGGAUGAGCUUGCGCGACAAGGAGCACGCCGCGCGCUUUGAGGAGGUGCAGGCGCAGCAUGCGCUCGAGGAGCAUAAGCUCAAAGGCAUGGUUCGCGACCAAGAGCUUCUUAAGGCAGAGGCUUACGACGCGGAGCUAGCGCGCCAGAACGCCGAAGAGGAGCUGCACAACAUUCGUACCUCCUUAGCCAAGUCGUCCGCCGAGAACCAGCGUCUGGAGCGCGAUCUGCUCGGUGCCAAGGAAAAGCUAGAGACGCAGAAGGCGCUGCUAGAUGAGCAGUCGGAGGCGUUCACGCAGGCGCAGACGCGCCGUGACAAGGAGAUCGCUGCGCUCAAGAAAGACAAGAUCACGCUUAAGCGCGACCACUCGGAGCUGCAGAGCGAGCUAGAGAAGGUACGCAACGAGCAGCAGCAGAAGCGCCUAUAUCCGCGCAGCGUCAGCAACAGUCUUGCCAUUAGCGACCGUUCCCUCGACGCGCAAGACUACGAAGACGACGAUGCGGACGCAAACGGCAAGGUCACCAAACGCCGUGUCACCCUCGGCGGCGGGGCGGCCGGCGAUGUGCUCAUUUCGCCUGGCGGGGCGGCCGGGGAUAGCAUGUUCGCUGAUGCGAUCGCCUCGCCGCUCGGCGCGCGCCUGACGCGCGACAGCGAGCUGGGCGACCUGCGCGCCAAGCUCGGCGUUGCGCAGCGCAAGGCCGGCAAGGACGCCGCGGACAGGCGCAAACACCGCGAACAGAUUGCGCAGCUCAAGGCCCUCCUUGCCAAGGCUGGCAUCAAUGCUGGCUCGGACGUUCUCGGCUCCGAUGUCGAGAGCAGCGAAGAAGACGAUGACGGCGCGUGGCUUGACAAUAGCGCUAGUCCCACCAAGGCUAGUAGGCGUAAGAAGAGUGACCGGCUCCGUUUGCCUCUGCGAAGCUCGACGAAGCCGAUGCUGGUCGACCGCCUCAGCUUGGCCUUUGGCGGCAGUCGCCCGCGCAGCAUCGUCGAGAGUGGAGAGGAGGAAUACGUCGAUGCCGAGAGCGCAGGCGACCACAGCUCCUCUGCCCUCGACCACAGCUCGUCCUUCCACGAGGCAGACUCAUCCCACUUGCACGACACCCCCGCCGCCGGCACCGCCGCUGCUCCUGCUCCUGCUCGCAAGCUGCCCCGCAUGUCCGAAGCGACCGUCAUGCCCGAUGCUUCGGUUGACAGCACACCGGACGCAUCCGUUGAGCAGCCUGUGCGCCGUCCGCGCGGAAGGAAGAGCAUGAACCUCGAUUCCAGCAGGAACAGCUUCCUCGCUGCUGGCUCGCCUGCCGCACUCGGCGCUGAGCUCCUGGAGGUGGACAUGCAUGAUGUUGGGCCCGCUCGCGAGAUGGUUGAGACGGGCACGAUGACGGAUGCCUUGCCGGAUCUUGUUCACCCUGCACUUGCUAGGCGCGAACAUGAGUAUGCCGCCGAAUUGGCACUGCGGGAUGAGCAGCACGCCAAGGCCAUGGCUGACACACUCGCCGAAAAGUCUGCGCAGCAUAGGUUAGCGCUUGACAAAGCGCUUGCGUCAAAGGACGCAGAGCACCUCGCCCUUCUCGAUAGCAGCCUCGACAAAAGGUCCGAAGAGCAUCGUGCUGCCAUUGCAGCGCUCACCGCCAAGCAAGCCGAACUAUUGGAAGCGAAGCAGGCUGUGCAUGACGCGGCCCUGUCCGAGCGCGACGCUGCAUACCAGAGCGUGCUGGCAGAUGCACUCACUGAGAAGGGCAAGGCACACGAUGCUGCACUGGCAGAUGCGCGCUUGCGACAUGCUAACGCGCUCGCCGAGCAGGUCGCGGCGAGCAGCUCUGCGCUCGCUGCGGCCGAGGCCGCGCACACUGCCCUUCUGAGCGACGCCAAGAAGCAGCACACCAAGGAGCUCCAGACGCUCAUGGAACAGCAUGCUUCCGAGCUUAACCAGAAGGACGCAGAGCACGAAGACCACAUCCAGGACGUGCACGCCAGCCACUCCAAGUACAUGGCUCAACGCGACGCGGCGUACAACACGGCCAUCUCCGAUCGCGAUACGGCGAUUCGGGAGGCGCACGAGCACGUGCAGCGCCUGACGGAUGAAGUCAACAGCUUGCGCAAUCAGCUCGUAGUGGCUCUGCGUGAGGUCGAGACGAGCAAGGAGGCGCAUGCUGUUGCGAGCAAGCGCCUGUUGACCAUCGAGAAGGAUGUCACAUCCUUAACGACGCUCAAGGCCACUCUUGAAGCGCAAAAGACUGAGCUUGAGUCGAGCAAGUCUGCUCUGGCUGACCAGCUUGCCGAGAAGGAGAGGCUGAUUCAACUUGCAGAGGAUAAGAAGGAGUCUGACGAGAGGUUUGAGGACGCUAAUGCGGAGCUGCAUCCUUCGGUUGCUUCUCACACGCUGAAGCGGGCUUCCGAUGUGAAGGAUGAGGCGAUCCAGACAUAUGACGUCCUGUGGAAGCAGCAAACGCAACAGAGCAGCCCCACAGAUGCAAUGUUCCGCCCCGAAUCGGCCCUUGCGGUCAACUCGCAAAUCCUCCCCGAUGGCUCCGAAUCAACGAUUGGCGGCGGCAUCACCAUCCUCGGUGGUCUCAAAAAUACGCGGCCCAGAGAUUCUGUUAGCACCUUUGGCGGCGCACGCGAUCCAUCCGGCAGGGCUGCUUCGCCAACUCCAACCAUGUUCACGGUCGGUGCCAUCCUCAGCCAUGACACCCAGUACAACGCCGCAGCUCCGUCUGCCACUGUCGAUAAGACCAAGCCUCCUGUCAUGACACUGCCUCCGCCGCCUGUAUUGCCGCCUCCACCAGGCAUACCUCCAAAGCGCUCGCAGCCACCCAUCUUCCAGCAGGCCCCGCCGCGGCCUACAUCUCCGCCGCCGCCCGAGCUGCUGCACCGGCUGCAGACGCGAAGCACUCUGCAGGUACCAAAUUCCUCCGGUCGCCUCUCGACGACACGGAACCCUCCGCCGAGCUCGUAUGUACCGCCGAGCACAUCAGCCAUGCGUGCCAGCGGCACACGCUCCCGGGGCCCAUCUCACGACGGCACCGCCUUGCCACUGAAUCAUUCUCCCGUGCUGGACGACAAUGCCAGCAUGAUGAGUGGUCGUCGCAGCGUGGCUUCCCGUCGCUCUGCGUCUCGCGCACAUGCCAGGCGCUCCUCGGUCAACUCGUUCGCGUCCGAUGCUACUUCGGAAGCCAGCCACCGCAUGUCGAUUUCGUCUCAGAUCUCGGAGGAUGCCGGCGACCGGACGUUCACCGCACCCAGACGCAAUGGAAGCACUGCUGGGCCCAGCACUGCUGAUAGCGCUGAUCCCAGUGUGAUCAAUGCGAUCACCCAAACGAUGAUCGGUAGCUAUCUCUACAAGUACACCCGCAAGUCGAUGGGUCGCAAUGGUCACUCCGACAAGCGGCACCAGCGAUACUUCUGGGUGCAUCCGUACACCAGAAUGCUCUACUGGACUGUCACCGACCCGGGCGGAACUGGGGUCACGGAGGGCAAGAGCAAAAGCGCGUGCAUCGAGGCGGUCGAGGUCGUCGAAGAUCAGAAUCCCAGCCCACCUGGCCUGUUUCACCUAAGCAUUUUGGUACGGACUGCAGCUCGAGAAAUGAAGAUCACCGCACCGAACCGUGAGCGACACGAGGUGUGGCUUUCUGCUCUCGGCUACCUCGUCAAUCGCACGCAGAGCGAGGCGUCAAAAGCGAGCCCAUCAUCCAAGAGCAAAGGAUUGCCUGCUCGUUCGUCCAGUCUGGGGUUGAACAAAGCUCUUUCUCGCGAUGCGGAGCAGCCGAAUGCGGCAACUAUAACAGAGUUAGGCAGUGCGUCGGCCAUGCCCCAGACGCGCGGGCGAGGUCGCAGUAUCGGCGCGAAUAGCUUGCUGAAUGGCAGCGUUUCGAAGCGACGCGGCAUUCCGGCGCGUGACUACCUCAAGCAACAAGAGGCGGCGACAGGCGGCGGUAUGGAUGCCCACGUCGUUACGGGAGCUGUCUCACCUACGCCGGCGCCGCGAAGUCUUAAUGGUCGACGCGGCCGCGCGACCGACAUGUUAGUCUCAAACCUUUCGGGUGACGAUGCAUUCGAAACGCUUGCAAGCGGUGGACACGCGGCGUCCUCUGCGUUGGACCCGCGCUUGCAGACGGCCGAGCAGAUGCUCGAGGAGGACCACAACAACUCUUGGGAUGGUCUCGAUAAUGUUCGCGCGUGCUGCGACGGCAAGCAUGAUGUUGCUUCGCUGGCGCACCGUCAUCAUCAUCAUCACCACGGCAGCAAUCAGCAAGGCGGAGGGAGCCAGCCUCGCGCCACGAACCGCCUCCAUAAGCGCUGGAGUUCGGGUGGGGCUAGUCUCCGCAGUGGACAUGGGGCAGGCUCAGAGAAUGGCCAUGGUUCUGGUUCCGCUACCAGUCCCGUCCCACAGGUCUCACUCACGCUACCGAGAGAGAGCUUUGAGCGCUCCCUGCGCGCCAGCGGCGAUAGCAACCGCCCGCGGUACUUCUGAGGCGGCAUGAAGACGCGCCUGCUUUCUUCACAUCUUAACGUGCAUCUGAUCAAACCUACGUGGUCUAUCGAUCGAAAUUUCCUGUAGAUGGCGACCACGUCUUUUCAUAACUGUUCUGAGUGUAUUAAAUGUUCUUCACUUGGUU